AUGUUAUAUUUUUCAUUUUGGGUUCUUUGUUUAACUUCUGGACUAACAUCAUCGUCCUCUUUUAGGAUUUUGGGCAAGCUCCUGAACUGCAACCAAACGGGUCUUUCCUGCUGCAAACUUCCAACAAUUUACAAAAUUCUUGGAUCAAAAGUAACAAUUGUGGACAAAGGUGCAAAUCAAAGUCUGUGCGUGCAGUUUUCCUACUCUUUCAAUGAUUUAUUGAAUCCACAGUAUAAAAAGUGGAUGUUUUCCUUGGACGUUGUGGUGGAGCCCAGACAUACAUAUACUGUGAGCCUUUUCAACUUACCAGAGCCAGACACGGGUCAUUACAGGAUCACCAAACAAAUUACCGUCCCAGGAUGUGACGACAAGAAAAUUCAAGAGACCCAGCUGUGUCAGGAAAAUGGUAGUCUCUGGGAUCCCAACAUUUCUGCUGUGUUUAACGACGGGAGCUCUUCAGUUAUUGUGGUAUUUAACGCAGCGCAGUAUUCAAAAAAAUAUCAAGUUUCCAUUCAGAGUGAGGCACUGAGCUGCUCUAAAAUGAUUUCUAAGGGAAACAGGACGAUGUUAAAUGUGCCGUUUGAGGGAGGUUCUUGUCAGCUCUCCCUUUGUAAAAUACUGGUAAAGAUCCAGCCUUUUUUUGUUCGCUGCAGAAAUGACUGUGAGGCUGCCAUCAGAACAUUUGAUCUGUGCUGUCGACCUCGGGUCACGACUCCAUCUGCUGCUAAACAACAACCAGAAGUUUUUCAAGUUCAGGAGCGGAAACGUGUCUUCAUCAUUUACUCCCUCGACCAUCCGUUGUAUAAAAACGUUGUUCUCAGGUUUUGUGCCUUCCUGGUGGCCAAAUGUGGCACCAGAGUGGUCAUGGACAUGUUAGAUUCAACUAGACUGGGAGUGUUGGGAAGCAUCCAGUGGUUGGACUGGCACAAAGAGCAAAUAGAGAGCUCAUCAGACAAGAUUUUAAUUCUGUGCUCGCGAGGCGUCCAGGCCAAAUGGAAAGCCAUGUGUGGGGACAAGCAGGUGUUUCUGAAAGAGGAUGCUCGCUCACCUACGGGGGACAUGCUCACUCCAUCUCUCACUCUCAUGGUCCCACACUUUAUCCGCUCCCUGUCCUUUGACAAGUAUAUUGUGACCUACUUUGAUGGUAUUUGUUCUGAGGAAGACGUUCCUUCUCCCUUCAACAUUACGGUUCGAUAUAAGCUGAUGAAGCAGUUUGAAGAGGUCUUUUUUAGAAUACUGAACAUAGAAAAACAUGAACCGGGUCGAGUGAGGCAAAUCAACGGACUCUCUGAGGAGAAAUACCAUCAGUGCCCCUCAGGGAGAGCCCUGCACGAUGCCAUAGAGGCCUUCCAUGCUUACCAGCUGGAGCAUCCACAGUGGUUUGAAGAAGAGUUACUGGAAAGUUCAGAUCUGGAAGAUGAAGAAGUCAUAGAUGAAGUUGAUGAAAGCAAAAAAACGUUUACAAACCACCUAAUAUAUUGUGUUCUGGACUCAGAACAAGUUGUCAGUCAUGUGGAGACAGAAGAAAUUAAUUUAACUUUAAACAAAAGUGAACUUCAACAGGCAGAGUUCUAA